AUGGGCGGGACGGGUUGCGGCAAGUCUACGCAGCUGCCGCAGUACAUCCUCGAUGACUGCGCAGCCCGCGGCCAGACAGCUAGCGUCAUGGUCACGCAGCCCCGCCGGAUGGCGGCCGUGACGCUCGCCCGUCGCAUCGCUCGCGAGCGCGGCGAGGCGGAGGGGACGGAGGUCGGCUGGAGAAUCCGCGGCGACGUGAAGCCUGGAAGGCAGCUUACGUUCGCCACCGCGGGCUACCUUCUGUCCUGGUUUACCGUGGACCCAUCAGUUUUCGGGAGUCUCACACACAUAAUCCUGGACGAGGCCCACGAGCGCACGGCCGAUAUGGACCUGCUCAUCUUGGUGGUGCGCACGCUCAUGAGGUUCUACCCAAGGCCGCGUGUCGUGAUCAUGUCCGCGACGAUCGACGGUGGCUUUUUCACGAAGUACUUCGAGGAGUUCAUGCCCCCUGCAGGGGCUGCUGCUGUUCCUGCCGUUGCGCCGGCCUCGCCCGGCCAGGCCGGGCUGCCUGCGUGCCCCGGCUGCCGCGGUGCCUGGGUGCGGGCGCGGCCAGGCCGAGGUCGCCAGUGCGACAGGUGCGGGGGCGGCUGGGGCAGAGGAGGAUGGGCGUUGACCUGCACGCCGUGCGCCGCGGCGGUAUGCAGGGCCUGUGGUGUGGCCGCGGCCGACGCCGCUGCCCUGCCUGCGGCUGCACCCGUGGCCGCCUGGGCCCCGCUGUCUGUGGGCAGCAACAUCUUCCCGGUGGAGACGCUCUACCUCGAGGACAUGUCCGAAGGCAGGGGCCCCAGGAGUAGGCUCCCAGACGCCGUGAGCAAGACGGCCGCCAGGUGCGUGUCCGCGGUCUUCGGGGGCGCGGAGCGGGCGAAGGAGAGCGUCAUUGCGAGGGUCCACCCCGACGUCGAGAAGCUCGCGAUCUCGCUGAUCCCGCUCGUCGCAGAGGCGGGCUCGACGAUCCUGGUGUUCAUCCCCGGAUACGCAGACCUCAUCCGGAUCCACAGCAAACUCUAUUGGUCCCUGCCCAUGGCCGGGGCCACGGACGUGCCCGUUCGCGCGCCCCCGAGGCCAGAGAUGCUCCGCGAGGACGAGGACGGAGAGCUCAAGGACCUCGAGGAGCUGACGGCCCCUGCCAAGCGUCGCUCACAGGGGCGGCGGUCGCAGGUGGGGUCCGAGUCCGCGGCUGGCCCAGGCGACGAGCCCGGGGCGCCCAAGGUCUUCCGCCUCUUCGCGCUCCACUCCCAGGUGCCGAACGAGGACCAGGACGCGGUGCUCGCGAGGCCCAAGCCGGGCGUUUGCCACGUGGUGCUCGCGACGAACAUCGCGGAGUCCUCUGUGACGCUGCCCGACGUGUGCGGCGUCCUGGACUUCGGCGUGUACAAGACAACCUUCUCGGACCCCCGCCAGCCGAGCAUGGUCCAGCUGACCUCGAGUUGGUGCUCCCGGGCGUCCCUGAAGCAGCGCCAGGGCCGGGCAGGGCGCACAAGGCCCGGGUGGUGCCUACAGCUCUUCACGAAGGCCUUCUCGGAGCACAUGCCGGACUUCGAGGAGCCCGAGAUCCUGCGCACCCCGCUCACGAGGCUCUGGCUGCAGGCAAAGGGGGUCAGCGACGGCCUGACGAGGGCCUUGCAGCAUGACGAGGAGGCCUCGCGGCGGCUGGCGGCCUCCGACACCUCGCCGGGCGCGCUGCUGCGGCAGCUGCCGAUGCCCCCGAGCGCGGAGGCCGUCGACGCUGCGGUGCGGGACCUCGCCGAGCUCGGGGUGCUCACCGAGCAGGGCGAGCGCGCGGAGGUCACGGCGGUGGGCCGCCUGGCGCUGUGGCUGCCCCUGGACGUCCGCCUCUGCAGGCUGCUCUGGCUGGGCGCCCUGUGGGGGUGCGCGCCGGAG